GCGGCGGACAACUACUUUGAGCGAAUACGUGCAGAAAGUCUUUGCUUUUUUUGGCGAUAAAUGAAGGCAACCAAGAUGUUGCCGCGUCUUACAAUACCCCAGGCUUAUUUCUUUUCUAUACGACUCUCGCACAACUUUCGAAGAGCGCUUUAACAGACGGCGAUGACCUCUACACCGGAGAGUUCGUCAGUCCCGAGUCAGGGAGAUCUGUUCUCCUUACUCGAUGCGGACAACAAACAUACUGUGGAAGAAACCAAGGCUCUGAUUCACGAAAAUCUUCAUUCGUCUCGUGAUCCAGGACUUUUGAACUCCAUGGUGGAGUUCUAUUUAAAGACUCGCUCGCAAGCCUGUCUGCAGAUACUGAGUGGAAUUCACGAAGCUCGUGCGCAGGUAUUUGUAACGUUACUAUGCCUCUGAAAGAUGAUACUUAUAGCCAUCGAUCGUUCCCCUUUUGAUCUGUAGUUGGCGAUCUGUUUCUCAGCGUCAUGAUCUAAUACUUAUAGUUCUUCUGUUUUUCAUUCAGGCGUUGUUUGAGAUAAUGAACGAGUGUCUUAAGCAAAAACACACUCGCUUGGACACAUUGACCCUAUUGGGUCAUAUCGUUCGGAAACAGGUAAACUAUUUAGGUGAACUAAAUUAAUUUCUAUUUCUCGUGAUAUACGAAUCUGCACGCCUUAUUUCAGGAACAAGUGGUAAAAUCAAGCCUUGCACCAUGUUGCUAUCAUUGCUCACACGUGCUGCCAUGCUUCACAGAUCAGCGAAGCGGAUUAUCCAGACACUUACGGUUUCCUCUGUUUGUCGUUGAUUGAACUUCUUUGCAGCAUGGGUUUCGGCCGACUUUGAAAACUUUAUUAGUAAAAUGCAUUUAAAUGUUAUGCAUUUCUAUAAGUAAAGCAAUGUGCAACAUUAAAUUGUUGUUUUAUGUUAUUUUUAUUGAGUACUCAUUGUGCAACAUUUGACCUGUGACUUGUCAAAAGUAGAGAGCUAUUUCAACCCCACAGAAGUCACGUAUAAGCGUAAAUUAGAUAGUGGGGUGUGGUGUGUGAAGUUGAUGCAAUAUUGAUCAAAUAUCCAUUUCUUGUUUUCACAGUAUGAAAAGGCCUCCUCUUCAGCAUAUAUAUACUCAAACACAAUAAACUAGCUACUAAGUGUGUAGCCAAGUUUUAUGUACAUGUAGCUCAGGUCAUGGUGUUUCAGCAGAUGAUGGAACACCCUCUAUUGUCUUUGAUAUAGUUUCUUAAGUUUUUUUUUUUUCUUGGAGAAAUUCCAAAAACCAAAAUAUUGGCCAUAAUGAUCAAGAAUUCAAGGAUCAGACCAUUUUCAUGGCUACAAUUUUCUUGUAUAAUGAACUCUUGCUAAUAAAGAUUUUUAGAACUGUGUAAGUCAAGGAAACACUGUUUUUAUUAUGUAUCAAACAAGGUGAACACGGAGUAUAUAGUCAAACCACCAGUGAGUUUUGUGUAUAUUAUGAUGGUAAACUCAGAAGGUUUCCAAGUUUAGUCAGUUGACAUAAGUUACUUAACCCUUUAAGCCCCAGUACCCCCACAUACAAAAAUUCUCCAAACUGAUCUCCAUACAUUUCCUCAAAGAAUUAGUUGAGAGAAUUUGAUAAUAGAUCAAGGCAUUUUCUCUUUGGUGAUCAAAUUAUUUAUUCUCAUUACUUAUCUCUUGACAGUGUAUGGAUAUUGUUAGGAGAAAAUUGAUCUUGGUCACUAUUGGGAAUCGGGAUAAUAAAGGGUUCAGCAUCUAAAUUAUAAAAAAGCGACAGACAAGUCUAAUUGUUAAUGAUUUGAAACAGUCUUGGUCUUUGUAAAAUACAACUUCCAUUUAUUUUGGUUUGUUGGGUGGUGUCAGUACUGUGUUUAUUUUAUUCUUGAUCUAGCAUAACCAGAGAACGCUAAACCUCUCUAAAUGUUUCUGACAGAGAACGUGCAUGCACAUUGAGUGUCUUUAAAAUGUCAUAGCAAGAAGAGAUUAGGUCAAUGAAACUACUAGCUAUAACAACUGUCUUAUUCUCUGUUAACCUUUUACAGCCUUCCUGGUUGUACAAGAUAAUCAAGACUCCUUUCUUUGAAACUCUCCUGAAGGUUAUGAAGGUAAAGGAUUGAUAUUAUAAAUAUUUACCUUGGUGGUCAUAUGACAGGAUCAAGUAAUAUUAAAGAUUCCUUUCUGUAUCAGGAAACUGUUAAUGAAAAUGUGCAAAUGUGGAAAUAAUAAAUCCCAUUUUUUGUGGCACUUCUGUCCAUGUACAUGUAUAAUUUAUUUAUUAGAUUUUUGUUACCAAGAGGGGACCCACCCAGUUUUGUAUGGAAGGGGGAAGUACCCCCCCCCCCCCCCCCCAAAAAAAUACCCCCUUUUAUUUCCCUUGUCAAAGAAAGCAUAAUAUUUAUUUUCAAGUUACAGUUUUGUAUACUGAAUAUGUUUCCAACUCUUUUUUGUUUGCAUUGUACAUAAGUUUACCUUGGACACAAGAGCAAAAAAAAUUUUAUUACUAUUAAAUGUUUCUACAGGCUGACAAUGACGUAGUGGUUUUAACAAGUGGCAUUUUAACAAUAACUACCCUCUUACCGCUGGUACCAGCCUCAAUUGGACACUGCUUGCAAGACUUGUUUGACAUUUUUACCAGGCUCUCGUCAUUCAGAGCUCGUCGACAAGGUAUUCUUAUUCCAGAAUACAAUCAAUCAAACCCAUCCAAAUGACCCAUGCUUAGAACCCUCUUAACCUUUUUUUCUCCUUCUAGGUAAUGCACCUGAAGUGUACCUUCUCUACCUGCAUGUUGCUGUUUAUAUGUUUUUUCACCGAUUGUAUGCCAUGUACCCAAACAACUUCUUGGCGUAUCUCAGGGCACUGUGCAAUGAGCCGUCUAAACGGAGUAUCUUUCAGAACACUAUCAAGGUAAGGUGCAGUCUUACAGCUUUUGAUCAUUGAUCAAAAACCUUAAGGGUGGCAAUAAUCGAUUAUGGAAAAUGUUCAACUAAUGAUCAUGAAAAAAUAAAUAAAAAUUUCCUGUUCAUUUCCUCUGAGGAGUUUUUUGUGAUUGUAAUAUCUGUUGAUGAUCAAAUGGCUGGUCUAUCUGAUUAUUUCUGAUGAUCCAUUCUGAAAUCUUAGCUUAUUUCAAAAGGACACCUGCACAUACCAAGACCUGUUUUUGGUUGAGUAAUGGGGUGUUGCUUUUUUGGGGAAUUCACUUGAGAUGUACCUCAUUAUUUUGUGAAACAAUAAUAUUAAGGAGACUUGCUCAAAUUUUAACCAGUUUGCCUCUAACGUUGCCUCUAGAACAUGCCAAGUUACUAAAGAUCUUUUAUUGACACUUUUAGCCGAUGCUGGAACAUGUACGACUUCAUCCCUGUGUGAUAACAGAGACAGCACAUACAGAAACAGAAAAACACAGGUAAAUGAACACCAUAAAAUUAAUGACGUAAUAGAUGCCCAGUGCAUCUAUUUAUCUUUAGGGGUCCAAGCAGGGGUGCAGAUGGAAGGGGUUCAGAAGAGGGAAAUAUUUAUUCUUAUACCUUUAACAAGCUCAACAAAGCUACAUGCUUUCGGUGAAAAUAUCAAGAGUGUUUAAAAAUAGAAGAACAUCCAUUCCAUCAAUAUUGAUAUGUCUAUGCCAUCAAGAGAUCAAUAUCACUCUUUUAAAUCCCAACAUCAGUGUCAGAAUCCUCGCUUUAUAGGGUUAUUGUGUUACCAUCGUUCAUCUAUACUUGACAUUGAACAGGAUGAAAUAUGCAAAGCCUUGUUAAUUUAGCAAGAAACUGAACAAACUGAAUGAUUUUGCUCCUUUUCCCUACAGUGUAAUUCCUUGUAUUUUGGAGUAAUUUUCAUGGAGGAUGGUUCUUUUGGACAGGAUGUUUUUACUAGAGAAGGGUUUCUAAUACAUUUUAACAGCAGAGAGGCGGCAUUUGUUAGAUAAGAGGCCUUUAUUUGGAUAUGGGUGUCUAUUAGGUCAUUUACAGUAGUAGUAUUUUGCUCUGCUGUUUGCAAGAUCUUUAAAGUGUGAUCGCAUUAGCUUGAGAGCCAUAAAAAGCAGAGAACUGCAUGAAAAGGGGUAAUUAUUAGUACUCCCCCUAAUACUAUGUAGAUACAGCCUGUAGUAAUAGGGCCCAGUUAGGGUAAAAUAAUAUUGCAACGACUAAGUGACAUGGCCUUGAAGCAGUGAUAUAAGACAGAUGAAAUGGCAACAAACGACACAAACAUGGGUCGAAACUGUGACAGCAGUUAGAAAAAUCACAAAUAGAAUGGUACCCACACAGUGACAUGGCCUCCUCUUCAAUACGUGAAACGACCACGUUUGAAACUCAGAAUAGGGACAUAUGUACCCCCCCCCCCCUCCCUGAGAAGGCCUCAGUUGUGGAACUGUUUAUUAACAGUAUUGUUGUGUACUUUAUCUCAGGUGGAGACAGAAAGAGCCCCAUGAUAUUGUUAUAGAGUGCAUGAAAGUCUCGUUGGAUCCAAUCGACAGGAUACAGGAGAAAGGAACAUUUUUGUUGUCAUCAUCAUCCAGACAUAGUCUUCAGGAACUUUUAGCUGAUAAAUCCAGCAGCUCUAAUUUCACAGCAUCGAGUGAAAGUCAAGGACAGGAAACUGGGAGACCGCGGGAGCGUCGCAUGUCAGACUCUGCAACGCAGACUGGCAAAUCACUACAGAGUGGUGACAGUGGAAUAGACUCUUGCAAUACCCCAGUUAUUUUGUCAGAUAAAAUUAUGACGGGGUGGAGCCCAUCAGAAGUGUGUCAGCUUAGUACCCCACCUUCAUCACAAAUGUCUCCAUCAACCAGCAACCCUGACCUGUGGAGCUCAGUGAAUAUGCACUCUCAUUGCAGUACGCCAGGAGCCACGGUUACUCCCGAGCAAUCACCGACGUCAUCGAUGAGUGGGGACAUAGGCCAUCAGCAUGGAUGCUCAAGUUCACCUUCCAUGUUUGGGAGUAAAGUAAGAGCUGGUGUUUCAGUAGGGAUGUCUAGUGGCAGGGGAACUCCAGUUAGGGGUGCUAAAGCCUCUAGUCAGGAGGGACAGUUAACAAAGGCUUUGUCUUCUGCUUUAGCACAGCACAGUCAUGAAUCAGCUGCUGAAGCUCUUGAUGAGCACCAAACCUCAACCCCAAAAGAUGUGGCAACGAGAGAGGAAGGGAAAAGGAUUGAAACUUCAGUGGAGGAAGUGCCCCAUGGUACAUUUACUAUUUCCUCCUCAAAAAGUGUUUCAAGUACUCUUGAAGGCCAUAAUGAAGAAAUAAAGGACCACUAUGAGAUACCUAAUGAAGAGCAUUUGGACAGUAGUAAAAUCUCACCAAAAGAAGAGUACAGGGACGUAAGUGGGCAUGAGGUUUUUACCUUGGAAUUAAGUGAACACAAGGCCCUUGAAUCGAAUCAGGGUAACAUUACUACUGAUUGUUUGCCGGAUUCUUUCACACCAGUUUUGACUCCAGUGGCUGGGCAAUCUCUGGACACUGUGACGUUAAAGAACUCGCCCCAUGUGAAGGAUGCGUCUUUGUCAACAGAACCAGAGGAAUCUCAACAUUCUGCACAGCAAUCUGGAUUUGAUUCUGAUGGACUGUUGCAUAGCAAACACCAUCAGGAUUAUGAUGCCAGUACUAAAGGGCAUGAAAGCAUAGAAGCUAGCAAGAGUGAAACUAGCUUAGCAUCUGAUGAAAUAUCCUUAGACUCAUCAAAAUUCCAUAGCACUGUUCCUCAUGAUGCAACACAAAAUCACCACCAGUCGUUAGCAGACUUGAUCCCCUCAUUUCCUCAGCUGUUGCCAUUGUUUAGAGGUGAACAGAAAUGUGCUGUGGGCAGUUGCAUGACUCAUGAAGAUGACGCAGGUUUAUCUAGACCUCAGCAGCAUUUGUUGUCAAGCGCACCAAGCCCUGUGGAAAUCCUUGAUAGCUACCUCAAAACAGGAAGCAGUUUGCACUAUGGCGAGCUCUCCAGGUAGGUACUCUUUAUGUCAGUGGCCAAAAUUAUUCUAGGGAUGAAUUAUCCAUCUAAAGAAUAAUUUGUCUGAGUAUAAAUCUGAGAAAUGAAUUUAGAUGAAUCUUAGGUGUAAACUUGGUUUGCUUGUGGAUGCCAUCUUAACAUCAGUUCUCAUAUCCCAAGAAACCUUGUGAAUAAAUAGAUCCUAGCCCUAAAGUCAAAACUAAGCAGAAAUCCAUCUUUUUUACCUUCUAGAUUUAAAUUUAGAGAUCUGUCUGAGACUAAUUAUUCCUCGGUCAGCAUGUCAUUACAGACAUGCGGACAGAUUCAUCAAUUUGGAUGCAAAAUUCAUCUAUUCAUGUAUCUAGACAUUUUAUCUGUCUGAGAUGGAUAAUUCCUCUUAGAUGGAUAAUUCGUCUCUGUUAUAAAGUUGGCCAGUCAAAUGGUGUUUGUUGUCUCUAUAUUGCCACUACAGUCUCCUACUAUUAGGGAGCUUAUAUAAUCACCAUGGCAACAACAGCUAACACGUGGCUAUUAAAAAGACUUUUUUUAAUAACUUUGUUGUGAUUUAAUUACGACUCACCUAAACAUGUUAAAUGUAUUUGAAUUUCCCUGGAACUGAAUUAUUGCUGACUGAACCCAAGUUUAGAAGGAUCUACUUGUAGAAAGAUUCUAAAAUUGAGGUUUUGGAUGUAGCAAAGUUUAUUCUGGUUUGUUAUUAUUGUUCCACAGGGUGCCUCUUGUUAGUCACGCUAAUACUGCUUGGACACAUUAUGGAGGUAAGCCUGUUGAACUUUUGUAGACAAAGCUUUGUGUAGUUGCACCAAUUAAUAUGCUUUUAAUAGCUUAAUUUUUAAAUUUAGAUUUAUUAAAGGACAUUUGACCCUUUUUGGGGUUACUCUAAGAUAAACUCAGUCAACUCUGGCCAUAUCUCCCAGAGGAUUCUGGAGGCCUACUCUUCCACCUUUGGGAAAAGUUUGAACAUUUGAAGCACGAAAUCUAAAUUUUGAAAAUUUGCUUUAAAGGACCCCUGCUUAAUAGGGUGUGACUAAAAUGGGUAACAUUGUUACACACUGAGUGGCUUAACGGGAAAACAUCAUACUGUAUUCAAGAAGCAAGAAUGUUUCUCACUUGGCUUAAGGAGAGUAUCUUUCAUCUAUCAUUUCUCAUUUUUUUCCAUCUUUUUUUUGCCAAGAUUGUUUCUUUGUAGCUAAACAGGGAAACAUUCUGAUUCGCAACAAAGUUUCAAUCAGCCAGGGUAUUUUUCGGCUUUAGCCAACCCAUAAAGAGAGUUGAUCUGCUGCACUACCAUUAAUUGGUUAUCUCAGUAGGCAGUGCAAAAGUUAUUUUAAAGGAAUAGAUUGUUAAACUAAUGGGCCAAUUUCGAUACUUGGCUCUAAUCACAUUAAAGUUCAGGGGUGAAUAUAGUUGGUCUAUUGACUGCAGUGUGAUUGUAAUGUGCAUUUGUGUUAUUAAUUUAGGUGAGCCUCCAGUAGAUGAAGUGGAGAUCAUGCGAGGACAAGUCAAGUUACUUCAUAACCAGCUACUGUUUGAGCGACACAAAUGUGAUUUGCAUGCUAUUCGCAACAGGCGGCUCAUCGGCAAGACAUUCAAGGCUGUACAACAUCAAGAAGAACUGCUAGCAACUGUGAGUGUGCUAUCUGGUGUUAAUUUGAUAAAACGUUUACAAGUGUAGCCAUUGUUUUAGAGUCCAAACAAUAGCUAGACUUGUAAUUUACACUAACUUGUAAAUGUUUUAUUAAAUUGACCUCUGGUUUGAUAAACGUCUCACCUCUCCUUACAUGGGAAGUGUCAGUUUAUAUCUUACAUAAUGCACAGUGACUCAAAGCUGAGUUAUGCUAAUUAUGAAAAAUCAUGUACUGCCUAAUUCUUUGAUGUAAGUAACACAUAUCUAUAAAUUCGUUGCUUGAAGUAAAGAAAUUGGAUAUUUUGUGGAUCAGACUGGAAGUCACCAGACUAAAACUGUAAACUAAUAACCUAAAGGUUACAUAAAUCUAUUAUUAUUAUUAUUAUUAAUUUUUUUUUAAAUUAUUACCACACAAGAUUUAAAUGGAGCUGUCUAAUAAAAAUAAAAAAAAAUGCACUGACAUCAAAGCUGAGUUUUGCUAAUUAUGAAAAAUCAUGUACUGCCUAAUUCUUUUAUGCAAGUAACACAUAAUUAUAAAUUUGUUGCUUGAGGUAAAGAAAUUGGAUAUUUUGAGGAUCAAACUAGAAGUCACCAGAGUGAAUUGCAAACUUUACCUAAAGGUUACAUAAAUCUAUUAUUAUUAUUAUUUUUAUUACUAUUACCACACAAGAUUUAAAUGGAGCUGUCUAAUAAAAAAAUGAUUAUCAUUAUUAUUAUUAAUUUAUUGUUAGUAUUAUUAUUUGACAAAGCAAAAGCAGAAUAUUAAUGAAGUGGUGGCGUUCCUUGUUUAUUUUUUCAUUGUGGAAUUUUUAUUUAAAAAUGAUGUUGUCAUAUGACUCUCAGGUACAUGUCACAGGACCUCUUAGGUCAAGCUGGCCUCAUACAUAUUUACAUUGUUUUUUCCUCCAUGUCUUUUAUAUGGGAACAGAAAGAUCAACUCAGGCUUCAAGAGGAUAAAAUGAGAGAAUUGACUGAUGCCCUUAACAAACAAGUAGAAGAAAACAGGUAUAAUAAUUAUGACACACAAUUAACUAAAAGUACUUGUCAAGUAUUUAAAGAACUUAGUUUAGAACUACCUUUGCUUAUUCCUUUUAAACUUUGUACUCACUGCGUACUUUGCCCAGAUGUCAGCUCUGUACUUCUACAGUGUAUGCAUUCCAAAGUAAUAAUGUUUUGGAGACUUGUUUUGAUUUAUAAAUUACAGGACACACUAUUGUUAGCUGCCACUCUCAGUUCAAUGUGUUGCUGUAAAUGGAAAAAUAAUACUAUUCUGUGUAUAUUUUAAGCUCCUGAUUUAUUUUGAUUAUGUAAUACCCCACCCCCUCCAGUCUCCACCUUUAGUUACCACAUAUACAAUGUAACACCUUCCACUGCUGUGACACUAAUUUUGAAAACUGUUAUGUUUUGACGUGUCCGUCAAUAAAAAUUACUUCCACUGAGGCAGCCAAAAUGUCUUUGACCUGGUAUUCUUUUGUCACCUAAUGUCUUCAAAUGAACAAGUUUUUUUUUUAUUUUUUAGAUAUAGAUAAUAAAAGAUGUAAUAAAAAUUACUUGUAAGCCACUUUCAUGAAACUUUGAUGUUUUUCAUUUUUUUUUUUUUUUUUUUUUUUUGGGGGGGGGGGGUAGGGUUAGCGUUAGGUUUUUUGUCGCAAAUUCUCCUGUCUAAUAAAAAUGGGAAGAUUAAAAAAAAAAACAGAAUUCAGCAAAGCCAAAAUAUCAAAAUAAAACCCACUGCGAGGGGGUGAAACUGGUUGUGUCAAAGUUGAUUUCCAGUCUAUGUUAUUAAACUAAACAAAAAAUGUACAAAAUCCUGCAAUUACUGUUAAUUGUCAAACUGAGCAGCUAAAGUUUCAGUGCAACAAAAUUUACAAGUUAGAUUAAUUUCCACAGUGCUUUUGCAAUGAUUUUGUCAGAGAGUGUGGUCACUAUUUUCCGGAAAACGUCCACAUCUUGGUUUUGAUUGGCACUCAAAAGUUCCUCUACUGGAGAAGAGCGCUGAAUGCAGUUAUUAAAUAUGGACCCAAAACUCAGACAAACAAAUUGAAAUUAACAUUAGCAAAUUCCUCAUUUUUGUCUGACUUUUGUCAUUAAAAUGUCAUGUUUGUCUGUCUUUUGUCAUUAAAAUGAGAAAAAUGGCAAAACUCAGACAGACAUUGCAAAUUAGUCACUUUGACGUAAUUCGCGCGCUACGCCAUUGAUAGUGUGGGAAAACUUGCUUAGAAUACAUUUUGUGUCUUUGCUCCUUUUUGUGCAGAAGAUUUAAAUCUAUUGCAUCAAGCUGGGAAAGUCAUCAAAGGACAGAACUCAGGUUUGGCUUUCACUCUAUCUUCUUAGACUGUUACAGUGAGUGUUGUCUCUGUCACUUGUGUUGUCCAUGUGACGGGUGUUGUCCCCGUAACUUGUGUUGUCCAUGUGACAGGUGUUGUCCCUGUAACUUGUGUUGUCCAUGUGACAGGUGUUGUCCCUCUAACUUGUGUUGUCCAUGUGACAGGUGUUGUGUUUUCCCUGUGAUGGGCGUUGUCCUUAUCAUGGGUGUUGUCCCUGUGAUGGGUGACAAGUGAUGUCCCUCUAAUCUCUGAUGGGUGUUAUUGUGACAAGCAUUGUCCCUGUAACUAGCGCAGUCCCUGCGACAGAUGGUAUCAGUCUGACAGGGGUUCUUCUUGUAAUGGGUGUUACCCUUCUGAUACGUGUUGCCCCUGUAAUGAAUGCUGUCCUGUGAUGAGUGUUGUCGGUGUAUUAAUUAUAUUUUAUGUAUCACAAGUUUGUCGGCACAUACAGUAAUGUAUGUACAAAGACAAGACACGUGGCCUUAAACCACUGACUGUAGUCUCCAUGGAAUUUUUAACUACAAGUUAUCUUACACUGUCUGGAUGAAUCUGCAUGUGGUAUUGAUCACUACAGCUUACUUGUCAAUCAUUCAAUACUUCUCAGGAAUUUGUUGAAUGAGAAUGCUCAACUGAAGUAUAAAGAAAAGGAGCUACUAGAGAAACUUGAAGCCCAGCAAAAAGGAUUUGAUACCAAGCAAACAGUAAGUUUGGUGAUAGGCAUUUUAUAACUUUGUGUGGCAGCAGUUGGCCACCCAUGGAAAGGGAAUAGGAAGCUUAAGCAAAGUCAUUUUGUUUAGCAACACAUGUAAACUAGAAGUGUAGGCUUUUCCCUUUUAAAGUUCCUUGGCUUUACAGAGACAAUUUUUUUUUGUAAAAAAAAAUUGUGGAGAACCACUGCCCAAGAAUGCAAAAAGUUCAUCUCUUGUUGACAUGUGUCACCCAAGAAUGCUUUUUCUUGAGCUCUCUAUUCUUAUCCCUGAGUGGCAAUAGGCGGGGAGGGAGGGGUGAGGGCCUCUAGUUCAAAAGAGGGGCUGGGUGGGUGCGGAUAAGAAAAAAAAAACUUCCCCAGGGGAUACAUGAAUGUUUUCUGCCAGGUCACUAAUGGAUCUUUAAUUUAUUCACAAAUAAUUGAUUAUUUUACCACUGUUGUCACUUCUGAUCAUUUUAUUUGUUCAUGUAUUUUAAUAUUUUUUUUAUUAUUAUUAUUUUAGGAAAUUCAUCAGUUGAGGGCAAGAAUUUUCACUUUGGAAAAUGAGCUAGAUAGACUGAAAGUUCAAGCAUUAGAAAAAGAACAGCUGUCAAAACAGGUAAAAUGGGUGUCAUAUUUUGCCUUUGUACACAGUAAGAAAAUUUUUAUCUAAAUUAUAGACAGAGGAAGGCCCAGUUUUAAAAAAGUACUGCAAGAGAAGUAUACCUUAAAAUUAUGAUAACAACAGUCAAUGUAUCAUUGCUUCUAAACUUGUAGAUAAUAGCUAUAAUUAUUUUCCUUUUGUCUUGAAUUUUUUACUACUUUGAUGAGUUCCAAUGAUUAAAUGCAGAAAAACUCAAGACGUUUUGAAGGUGGAGUAAUGUGUACUUCCUUUGAAAUAGCAUUAUUCUGUCUCCAAAAUGUUGAAUACAAGUUGAGCACACUGUGUUAGCUUUUGAUCAUGAUGUCAAAUUAUACCUCUACACCAAUCAAAGCUUGGUCAUGCACAAAAGGCAAAAUUCAAGACUGACAGUUUUUGGCGAAACGUCCCCCUCCACUUAACCUCUCACUUUAAUUGCCUCCUUCCUCCAUGUUUUUUCCUUAGUUUUGUUUUGUUUGUGUUGUUUUGCUUUUUAUUUUGGUUUCAAUGAUUCUGUCCUCCUGCAUAAGUUGGACAUCAAAGUUGUCAGUGCAAUAGUCCAGUUUUUAAUUAAAAAUUACCGCUGUAUACAAACAUUAACGACACAUUCAUACAGGGUUAGCCUCGACGUAAAGUAAAAUAUUCAGAAAUUCUUUGAAAUUUGAAUAUACACAAUAGACAAAGUAAUAAACAGGUCUUUUUCGUUGGAAGGUCUUCAGAUGGAGGUGGUUAAAAAAAACAGGCACUUCUUUUUGAACAGAACUUGAAAAUGGACUAUUAGAAUACUUCACAAUUUUUGGUGGUAGCGACUCAGGUCUUCAAGGGUGGUUACAGGCAUUUAAGGUGCGAAUGUGCUAAAUUAUUCUUACUUUAACACAGGUCAAUCAACUUGUGAUGGAACUUUUAAUAAUGGGUGAGCUUAACCAGCAACAAAAAGAGCAACCCUUGCUGAGGGACAAAGACAUACAUGGCUAUUCAGAGAGAAAUUAAUUCAAUUCUUUUAUUUCUAUGAGGGACAGAAUCCUGAAAAUAAAGUAUGCAAAAUUAAUAAUAAUUAUUUACAUUGUUCAUUUGUACAGUGUCCAAAGUAGAGAAUUGGACACCGGUUGAAAUAAUCGGCAGCUUAUCAUUAUCUGUUUGUGUUUGGUUGGUUAAAAGAUAGGACUUCCAUUCUUUCUUAAGAACCCUGAUCAUUUGUACAUGAUGUCCUCAGGGUGCAAAGAAAGUCUAGCCCCAUGUCAUUUCAACCAGCCCCCAAAACUUUUUGAUGAGAAGAAUUGAUUUCACUGUCUUCUGUAAUUUGAAUUCCUCAAAAAUUCAACAGGAUUUUUGAGAAAUGGCUUCCAAGGCCCUGUAUGUGUAUAUGCACGUGUAUGUAGCCGUGGUCAGAAAUGUUUUUUUCCUCUUUCAGUUGCAAAGCAGACAUUGAAAAAGCAGAAAGCUGAACUAGAUGCAUUAACCUCCAAACUAGAAGAAGUGGAAACACAAAUCUCCAACAAGGUGUUGUGUAAAAUGAAAAUUUAAUUUAUUAAUUUAUUUACAUAAGUAGUGAAAUGAAGUAAAAUAUUAGUCUUUUGAAAGUGAAAACAGUAGUUAUACUUGUAAGAACUGUUAUGUUACAUGGGUUCCAUCGAUUUUGAAUUAUAAAGCCAUUCAUUGCUCAGUUGUGGUAUAAAAGCCCAGGUUGUUUGUUAUCCCACCAUAGCUUUCAAUUGGCUAUCAGAGUGUGGCAUGCUUUCAUAGUUUUCUUUUAGACAUUUACGGUAGUAUUUAUUUUCCAUUUCUUAUAUUAAUUUCUUAUUUGAAAGUCAUACCAGUUCUGUCACCCUUUUCAGGAUCUUGAAAUAAGAGAAAUGAAAAAGUUCUCUGAGGGAUUAAAAGGAACAUAUGCUGGGAAGAUGCAG